UAGAGGCUCCCUACCAGAGUUUUCCACGUACUUUUUUCUCUGGAUAAAACGGCCUAUAGGUGGCGCUAAGAGUUCUACUUGGAGACAUUUCUCCCUUCUUUCAGACUGGCAACAUGAGAACUUCAGACGAUGCUGAAGUUCCGACUUCUUAUUCGAAUUAUCCGGCCCACCUUAAAUGGCGCAGCGGUAGCCGCGCUGUUUAUAAUUUAAAAUUGUAAUUUAACAGUAAUUUAAGGUGGACCGGACAUUUCGAACAAGACUACCCAACUUAAGCUUUGGCGACGGGGGAUGGCGGAUGGAGCAGGACUGCCCCUCUUCCAGACCCCAGCCCACCACCUUUUGGGGGGCCGUUGUCAUGGAAACGGCACAGGCGCGUGCACUUUGACAAAGGGGGUGAUGCUGAUGACGACGGCGAUGAUGACGAUGGUAGUGAUGAAGGAUUCGCCUGGUGGGGACUGAAGAACUAAAGGCUCUCAGAGGUCAGUAUUCCGGACCUGCGAGACUAAAAAACGCACGUGAGGUUCGCCAUGGCGCUGAGAGAAGCCCCGAGGGGGACCCAGCAGACCUUCUGAACACUUUUUGGAGUCUCACUUACAGAGUUAGAGGAGGACGACAUGGCCAGAGUGGGCGACAAGCAGCGUGUUGGUGGUCUCCUGUCCAGAUGGUUGGUUCUUCUGAGCGUGAUGGGACUGCAGGCUGAAGCCAUGGAGACAGUGAACGUGGCAGACUUCUGUGGCCAGACGGUCCAGGCGGACGGCAUGAUCGUCAGAUCCCACCAGGAGUCGCGUAAGUACUAUUUCGUCACCAUGGGAACGGACUGCCACCUCACCAUGCGGUCCGCGACACCCCGGGACAAGGUGCAGUUCCACUUCCGUUUCUUCCUCGUCUACAGCCUGCUGAGGGUGUCCCCCUUUAGCCCCGUGCCCCUCUCACCCGAAUCCGCCAAGGGCCCGCCGCUUUCGGGCCCUACGCGGCAUGAGAUGAGAAUUGAGCCCACUCCGGGGGAGGGUACGGCCGACCCCUGCCAUGCCGGCUCUUACAUCCAGUUCUAUGAUGGCCGGGAUAAGACAGCGCCCCCUAUCGGCCCGCCGCUGUGUGGCAAGAGCCCACCACGCCCGAUCCUGUCAACUGGACCUUAUCUGACUCUGCGGCUGGUGACCAGGGGGACCCAACCCCGCGUGGACUUUGUGGGGGACUUUACCUCAUUCAGGCUGGGGUUUAAUCAGUCCGAAUGCAGCGGCGAGCCCUACUUCAACUGCCGCAAUGGAAAGUGCAUCCCAAUGAGUCUGGUUUGCGAAGAUGACAAAGGAAUCGACAACUGUGGCGAUGGCACCGACCUGCAAGACUACCCAGGAUGCAUCACUCUGCCAUCCUUGCCGGCUGCGGACCGCCAGCCCUACGUAACCCCUCCUGCUCCCAUACUGAACAAGCCCACCCUCAGGGCAUCGACUAUAGAGAAGUGCAGUGGCCCGAACGCCAUCCCUGACCUGGAGUCUGUCACGGACUCGCAGCAGUACGUGUCCCUGCUGGCACUGUACGUGGUUCUGGGCGUGGCGGCCGGCUCCGUGCUGCUGUGCUGGUGUUGCUGGUCGCCCGGCUGGUUCCUCUGGAGGGUGAGUGUGUGUCGCUUCCUGCCCUGCUGUAACUCCUGCUGCGCCUCCUGUCAGCUCUGCGGCCGGAGCUGCUCCCAGAACAAAGAGCAUCGUCUGGCCAAGGUCACGCCCCAGGCUGCCCCCUCGCCCGUGGCCGCGGCGACCACCGUGGCCGUGUAG